AUGGACUCUCAAGCUGGACUGGAACUGGGACCAGAACUGGAACUGGAUGAAGCACUAAAACCAGAGCUAAAACUGGAACUGGAGAUCACGUCACAAGUGGCAUCUUUGACUGUUAGAGAUUUAAUCCAGAAGAGUCAGUUAAUCAGUGAGGGAAAACCAGCACGGUAUCGUCUACUCACAACCAGAAGUAAUCUAGAUGAAAAAGGCAAGGUCAGAAAAUGGACAUUUGGGCAGCGAGACAUCAACAGUCAAAACAAAAUCAUACUGUUGGUGGGAGAAACUGGAACAGGCAAAACCACUCAGAUCAACGGCAUAGUGAAUUACACACUAGGAGUGAAGUUUGAUGAUGAUGUUUGGUUUGAGAUCACAGAAGAAGGAGGAGUGAAUCAAACUGAACCUGAAACAGCAGAUCAGACAGUAACUCAAACAACUGAAGUCACAGUCUAUGAGGUUUUUGUCCAGGAGAACCAAAUCUCUGUUACCAUAAUUGACACUCCAGGUUAUGGAGACACCAGAGGAGCAGAAUAUGAUGAGCAGGUGGCUGAAAACUUGUUUAAACUGUUUAAACAAGACACUGGAGUGAAAGAAAUAGAUGUAGUGUGUCUGGUAGUGAAGGCAACUGAAAAUCGCCUCGCUGACAGACAGCAUUACAUUUUUGAUGCAAUUCUGUCUCUAUUUGGUAAAGACAUAGAGGAGAACAUUGUGGCUUUUGUAACACACUCAGAUGGUGGACCUCCCACUAAUGCCAUUAAUGCCAUCAAGAAAGCGAAGAUUCCUUGCAGAAAAAAAAAUGGAACUGAUCCUGUUUAUUUCUUAUUCAACAAUCGUCAAGCUGAGCAACGGACCACAGGCUAUGAAGAAGUUUUCCAGAAUGCUUGGAAGCUAACAGAGAAUAGUUUAAAGAAUUUCAUUGCAUCCCUGGAAUGUGAGAACAGAAAAAGCUUAGCAAAGACGGAAAGAGUUCUUUUAGAGAACAUUCGACUUAAAGCCUGUGUUUCUAAUCUGCAGGAACGCAUUGAGUUAAAGGAGCGCAAACGGGAAGAACUGACUCAGACUCAGGAAGCCCUCAAACAAAACCAGGAGAAGAUUCAGAGAAAUGAAAACUUUUCUUUUAAAGUCACCAGGAGUCACAAGGAGAAAGUCAGCAUUGGAAACGCUUCACGAUGGGACAGAAAGGCAACCUGUUGCUCCGUCUGUAAGGAGAACUGUCAUGAGUAUGACUGCUGGUGUGCCAUCAACCCUGCAUGGUGUGAAGUCAUGAAAGAUGGGCGCUGCACUGUGUGUUCAGGGAAGUGUCACUACAGUAAACACAUCAGAGAGAACAAGAAAUAUGUUCCAAAGAGUGAAGAGAUCAUAAUGACGUAUACAGACCUGAUAAAACAAUAUGAGAACACUGAUGAGUCAAAAGCAGGUAUCAGUCUAGACUCAGAGAAAUUUGAGGAUGUCAAAAAGAACCUGGAAAUCAACACAAAACUGAAAAAGGAGAAGAAAAGAAUUGAGGACAGACUGAAAGAAGAACUGAGUGAGACUGAAAUAGAAAAGGCCCAGCUAGUAGAACAGGCAUGUGCCACCAUCAUGGUGCUGUCUGAGAUUGCAUUAAAACCAGACUCUGCUUUCAUUGUUGAGUCUCUGGACUUCUUGAUCCCCCGAGCUGAGGAAGCAGGAGAUCAUAACUGGGUUCAGAAGCUGAAGGAGUUGAGAAAGAUUGAACCUGAAGCAGAGACCACAGCUGAUUCUGUACAGAGAUAUUUCAGAGCUGGUUUUAAAAAAGUGACUGGUGUCUUUUCUGGGAAAAAAUAG